AUGGCACGGCUGGCAGAGGUUUUAGGGACGUUCCUCUACAUUCCGCCGGAACACCUGGCGCUGAGCCGGGGAGGCGAGCCCCUGGCUGCUGAGGCCAAGGCACCUCCGGGAGCGUCCCUGGUGGUUCGGGCCGAGCCGCAUCGCCUGCCGGCCGCCAGGGGGCUGCGGUGCAACGUUCGAGAACAGCUUGAGGCCUGGUGCACGGCACCCCCGCACUGGGCACAGCGUCCGCCCCUGGAGGACCUGCUGCAGCUUCAGACGCGAGGUGGUAUCCGACACCCUAAGCCCUGA